UUACGCAAUUCGGGAUAUUAUUUUGAGUAGGAAAAAUAGACUUAGUCUAACACCCAAACACUCCCCAAACCAUUUCACAAAACCCAAGCAGGUCGGUGGUCCCCUUUCAAUCUCUCCGGAGGUUUAUCGAAAGAGACGAGAAUGCAGAGGUUUUGCACUAAGCUGCGUUCCAUCUCCCUCCACUCAAAUCGGAAUCUCUCUUUCACCAGUGUUCCCCACCGUCUGAUCCACCAUUCUCGGAGUCCUCAGUCAACCCUAGGUUUCGCCACGACGAGUAAGAAGAAGUGGAGACCUAGGACUCCAAUCACAUCCAAAGUCAAGAAAGUCAAGAUCAAGUUUUACUCGUCAUACAAAGACAGGUUUAGACCACUGAAUGAUGGUACCAUCCGUCGUUGGAAAGAAGGCAAGCGCCACAACGCCCACUUGAAGUCAAAGAAAUCAAAACGUAGACUGAGACAGCCUGGACUAGUACCACCAGCAUAUGCCAAAGUCAUGAAGAAACUCAAUUUCUGCAAUUGAGAGAUUGAGAAAGAAACUGUUCAAUCUCUUCCAACUUUCCAGAUAAUUAAUGAGCUGGUACUCAAAAGGUUUAACCAAACCUUAGUUCUUUUUUUUUCGUGUUUCAGUUUUAACCUUAUCACAAAGUAAUAAAUUGUCACAAAGUAAUAAAAUUUUAUCAAAUAAACCAUAUCCUCCGUACUGACUAGGGGACUAUUA